UUUGAGCGUUUCCAUAUCUCAUUACGGUUUAUAGUUUGAUCAAGAUCAAGAGACACCCAUCGAACGUUCAGACAACGAAACAAAAUGUAUUCCAAAUGCAUCUUGGCUCUGUUCAUAUUGAUCCAACAAUACAAAGUCCUAACCUACGCUAGUGAUGAGACGUCAUCAGUAACGACGAAUGAUAUCUACGUGCAGCACACUAUGCAUCGGAUCAGUGAUCCGAAAGUGUCACUGCCAUUUUAUACAGAGGCAUUGGGACUGACUCUGCUGGACACUGCGGAUCUUGCAAUGGAUAAGUCAACUAUGUUUACAAUGUUUUUCCUGGCAUACGAAGAUCCCGACAACAUUCCCAUCGACGAUGAAGAACGACUAUCAUGGGCAAUGUCUUAUCCGGGAGCUAUCAAUCUGCAAUACAUUUGGGGCGAUAAUGUUUCGCAGCACGAAUAUUCCGAUGGGAAUGCGAGACCAACCGGCUAUAGUCACAUUGGAAUUUUCGCAUCCAAUGUCUACGAGUUCUGUGAUCGUUUGAUGGAUUAUGGUGUGACCUUCAUAAAAAAACCGGAUGAAGGCGUAGCACAUGGAAAUGCUUUUAUUUUGGAUCCUGAUGGCUACUGGAUCGAAAUCAUGAAUCCCUACAGAAUGACGCUGGCGGAGUAGAAAAUUCGUAGUACUUCAUAUUUUGGACAACUGUAGUAUAUGAAUGGGUCUAAGGUAUUUUCAGAAGU